GUACAUGACCCGGAAGUAAACGAUGAACGAGUUCCAGGCGAGUUUGGCAGAAAGAUUUAGACCAUGAUGUUUUUCAGUGUUGAAAGGUAGGUCCUGACUCGCUGUUUGUGACUGUUGUAGUGGUCAACCGUUCAUUAUGGGGACGUGAAAACAAUUAGAUCCGUGUAAGUCCUUGGUGUAAGUGAGCCCCGUGACCAUGCGGCUGUCUUGUAGGUGUUUGAACGUGUCCGUGGAGAUUCGAGAGGCGACACUAGAUUUUGCCGACACCUCCGACCCUCUGACGUCGGCCCCCCACACAGAUGUCUUCAGUGGUGAGGACACAGCAGAGGCAACCCUGGGACUAGCGGGGGUCACAGUGAAAUACCCAUUUUUGACAGAGGAGACGUCAGCAGGUGAAUGGAAGGUGCUACAAUGUCUUAACUGUGGUCUGAGAACACAUGCCUGUAGGGUGGAUGAAACCACUGGGGCUGUGCUGGUCAGUAGGAAAAUGCAGACAUCCCCGCCAUCUUCUCCCACAGGUGACCAGUCUGUAGACUUUUCACCUGCCUUCCAGCUGGUCCUGUCAGGUGCAGACUGGCCAGAUGUAGGUGCAGCUGGCACAGAUGGAAUGUCCGAACCCACCCGUCCAGAAGUCUUAGACAGUUGUUCAGCUGACCGUCAGGAGGUUCAUCACAGGCUCUCUCAUUACCUUCAACAGCAGAAGGCAAGGAUGGAGGAAGCCAUCAGGCGAGUAACUGAAGAACAACAAAGGAAAUAUGAAGAGUUGGAAAAGAGAGCAUUGGUGGAUGAAACUCGGCUACUCAGUGUUCUCCAUGCUGUUGGCCAGAGAAAGCUUGAAGCCCAGCAGUCAGCCACAACCCUGAGGCCAGAGUCUGGUAUAGAGUCAAGUACCAAUGUACCCUCCACAGGGCCUGAGAGCCAGGCUACUCCUCAGGCUAGUACUCAGAAGGCAGCACCUUCUGAAGCCAUUGUUAAGAAGACCGCUGUAAAGCCCCAUAGGCCACCAGUAUUUAAAGUCCCAGGUGCAGGUCGGAGAGCACAGGUCAGACAUAGUAAACCAAGGCAAGACAAUACAGACCAGUUAUCAUGGGAUUCCAGCACAAACACAGAUGCAGACAUACUGUUUGAAGUUGAUGACAUCACACCACAGCCAUCUACACCAGGCCAAAUGGAAAAGGCUAGUGCUGCAGCUGGUACAUCUGAUAGGGUGGAAGACAAGCCAGUAGAAGACCACUACCCGACCGUGUCUGAGCUGCCCGCUGUCCCAGACCUGGACCACAGACUGUACGCCUCCUCCCUCCCCAUGGACAUGCCCUUCAUGACCCGCGCCAGGAUAGCGCACGUACAGGAGGAGGACACUGGCUUCUCGAGCUCCAUACAAGACCCAGAACAGAUGGUGGCGAGUAUGAAGGCGCUGGCCAUGAGUGUACAGGAGGACGGGACCCAGAUGUUCGGAGACCUGCCCAGGCCUCGCAUCAACACAGGAGAUCUACUGGCACGAUGGUGAAAUCAGACCCGUUCAUGGAAACCUUGGAUCAAUGAAUUCCAUGGCCAUGAAAUGCAUCAUUAGAGUGGUGAAUUCCAUGGCUGUGAAAAUUCUUUAAUUCAAAGUCAUGGACUUCGUCACUUUGGGUAGUAAAGUCUAUAGUCAUAGGUUACUUAGAUAGGUUACUGUACUGUACUGUAAAUGCAUUCAAGUUUGUGAAAAUUUCUGCAUUUACAGUACUGUGUUUCCGCAGACUCUAACCUCUCAGUGAGGAAUACCAUGGUCAUGACAUUCAUCAUUCCAUGGUCUUCAGAAAAUGUGGACAUAGUUUAUAGUUGUGUGCUUGUGUUUAAACGUGCAAUCAACACAUAUGGAAUGUUUUUAAUCAUUAUCAGAGAUUGGAGAGAGUGAAACCAUCUAUUGUAGCAGUAGACUAGAAAAACUAACAAACAUACUUUUGUGAAGUUGAUUCAUGUUGUGGAAAGGAUAAGACAUUAUGGAGUAUUUUGACCCACCUCUAUUUUGAAAACAGGCAGGAUUGAAUGUUUCAUGUGUACAGACAUUGGUGCAUUCAUAUGCAUGUGUGCCCGUAUGUCUGCAACUUGUAUACAGGUGAAGUUUCAUCAGGUUGGUAUGUCACUGGGUAUCAAAAGUCUUUGUACACAACAAAGUGUUUUAUUCAAGACUGACGUUUUGGUGACCGUCUGUCACCUUCCUUAGGACAACUUUAACUGGUUCUUUUACACACUACAUCUGUUAGCUGUCACACAGUGAACCAGUCAGUAUUGUCCUGUGGAAAGUGAUCGUCAGUCACCAAAUUGAUGGUUUUGACUACAACUCUUUUUUGUGUACAUUAAGGACUAUGUUAUUCUGUAUAGUAAUUAUGUAAUACUUCAAUGUUCCAAAAGUGAAAUCUGGGAUCUGUAUAAUAUUUAAAAGGUGAUACAAACCAGUUAUAGGAAGAAUUUACCAAAAAAAUUAAUAAUUAGUGAAAACUUUGCAAAUGUUUGGAGUGUUUAGUAUGUAAUGUAGACCUAAGGUAACUGGAAAACCAAUUCCAUAAAUCGUACAUUUUCAGUUGAUAAUGUUGCAUAAUUUUUGACAGUGAUCUCAGUAAUGAACUUGGAAACGACCAUUGAUUUCAUUUGAAUGUGUGCCAACAGGCUUGAUAUGAAAAUUACAAAAAGUAUCAAUGUUGUAGCUCUUUUUAAUUAAUAAAUCAGAAAAAUAGCAA